CACACCAAAAAUCACAUAGACAUAUAAGUCAGAAGUCCUUUCCUCUCCCCUUGGCGUCUGGCCCAGAUCCAACUUCCCCCAUUUCUUUAAUUAGGGUUUGUUUCAAUAACUUCCAAUCUCGACCAAUCAUUUCCUUAAUCACACUUCUCUUUAGGAAACAGAUCUUGAUUUGUCACCCUUUUUUUUUCUAUCACUUCCAGAUUUCCACCUACCCUGUUAUAGACCCCUAUAUUGGAAUGCUCCCCAUUGUCGCAAUGUAUAGAGUUUGAACUAGAUCUUGGUUCUUUCCUUAUUCUGAGCUUUGCAUUUACGCAAUAAUAGAGAUUCACAUUGCGCAAAAUGGGGGAGAAAUCGAGGUCUAGAGGCUGUUGUGGAUGGUUUCUUGUUUUGGUGGUUCUUGCUUUGAUUGCUGGUGCUAUAGUAUUUGCAGUCAAGAAGAAGUCGAGUCACUCUGAUGAUGACCCUGCUCCAGUUCCAGGUCCUCCUGGUGCAAUUGAGAAGAAAUAUUCUGAUGCUCUCAAGAUGGCCAUGAAGUUUUUCGAUGUGCAGAAGUCUGGAAAGUUGGUAGAUAAUCAAAUAUCUUGGAGAGGGGAUUCGGGGUUGAAAGAUGGAAGUGACGCGAACUUGGAUCUGUCUAAGGGAAUGUAUGAUGCUGGGGAUCAUAUGAAGUUUGGUUUUCCAAUGGCUUUUACUGCGACAGUCUUAUCUUGGUCUAUUCUUGAGUAUGGAGAUCAGAUGGAUGCAGUUGGUCAAUUGGAUUCUGCUAAAGAUUCUUUGAAGUGGAUUACCGACUAUCUUAUCAAUGCUCAUCCUUCAGAAAAUGUGCUUUACAUUCAGGUUGGAGAUCCUGAGGUAGAUCAUGCCUGUUGGGAUAGGCCUGAAACCAUGGUAGAGAAAAGGCCACUCAUACAGAUCAAUGCCUCUGUUCCAGGGACAGAAGUAGCAGCAGAAACUGCUGCAGCUAUGGCUUCAGCAUCUCUUGUAUACAAGAAAUCUGAUCCCUCCUAUUCAAGCAAGCUUCUUAAACAUGCUGAAGAAUUGUUUUCCUUUGCUGAUGAGAAUCGAGGUAUAUACAGUAUUAAUAUUCCUGAAGUUCAGACCUACUACAAUUCAUCGGGAUAUGGAGAUGAGCUUCUAUGGGCUGCUAGCUGGCUGUACCAUGCAACACAGGAUGAAUCCUACCUUGAUUAUGUAGCUGGAAGCAAUGGGAAACUGUAUGCAAAAUGGGGAAGUCCUACCUGGUUUAGUUGGGACGACAAGCAUGCAGCAACUCAAGUUUUACUGUCUCGGUUAAACUUCUUUGGCUCCGAAAGCGCUUCAAAGUCGGUUCAAGUUUACAAGAAAACAGCCGAAGCUGUCAUGUGUGGUCUAAUCCCAGAGUCUCCAACAGCAACAAGCAGCAGAACAGACAAUGGUCUCAUAUGGGUCAGCGAAUGGAAUUCUCUGCAGCAUCCUGUGUCUUCAGCAUUCUUAGCUUCUCUUUACAGCGAUUACAUGCUUACCUCCAGAACUGCAAAAUUUUCUUGCAAUGGAGACACCUACACACCAGCAGACCUACGGAAAUUUGCCAAAUCUCAGGCUGAUUAUGUGUUGGGCAACAAUCCUUUGAAAAUGAGCUAUCUCGUGGGAUAUGGUGACAAAUUCCCACAAUAUGUCCACCACAGAGGUGCAUCAAUCCCAGCUGAUGCCAAAACCAAGUGUAAAGAUGGCUUUAAGUGGCUCGACUCCACUGAACCCAACCCAAAUAUAGCUUAUGGAGCUCUUGUUGGUGGUCCUUUCCUUAACGACACCUAUAUAGAUUCACGAAACAAUUCAAUGCAAGGGGAACCGAGCACAUAUAACAGUGCUCUUGUGGUUGGCCUGCUAUCGAGUUUAGUUACCACCUCUUCAGCAGUCCAGUCCUUCACCUAAUGCAACCCAUACACGCAUAUAACCAUAUCAUAUUAUCUAAAAUUGUGAUUGUAUUAUAUCUUGUAGCUUACCACCUAUUUGUACGAGAAAAUAUUAGUGCUAUGAUGAGUUUACUUCUUCCAAAUGAGUGAGCGUUUGCCAAUCAAUCCUCUAACAAAAACCCAAUCCGCCACACAGUGAAAUUAAAUUAACCAUGUAUUAUCUGAAGUGAGCCAUUGUUUGAACAAUUAUGGUAUGUAAUUCUUUUAUUUGAGUGAGAUAUAUGUUGUAAUUUGUUGUUGCCAUGUUCA